UAAAUAGGUGACCGGCCGUUUUUUUUGGCAUUUAAUUAUAUUUUUUACUCUACUUUAUCUACUCAUGAUGUUAUCAAGGAUGAAAGUUCAAUUACUAAAACGAUAAUAUCAGUAUACAAUAGAACUUGUUAAUCCAUUCACUCAGUAUACUGAUCAUAAUGCCACUCUUGCGUGACUGACGUACUCUACAUUUAUGUCAUUUACAAUUCGUCUACGUGGGAUGAUGAUCGAUGAUGAUGAUGAUGAUGAUGAUUGAUAAAACAAUCCUAUGUCCAACCUCGGGAUUAAAACCAAACUAUCUCCAUAUCACAUUUCAUCUACAUUGGUUCAGCGCUUUAAGCGUGAAGAAGUAACAGACGGAGUUAUUUUCACUUUUAUAGCCUUAAGGAGGGAUUUAUCAAAGAAACAGUGAUUAGAUAAUUUAAAACACUCAGUUCACUAAUACUUACUUACAAUAAAAUAAACUUAAAGUACAAUAUAUUAAUUAAUAGGCGUUUAAUAGAGCAAUACAUAGAUUUUAAUAUAAAAGUUGCCACUCCUGUGGACAAACGUUAACUACGUAUUUAUUUUUACUGCUGGUUCGUUGGAUGGUUCAUAUACCUAUUGACUUUCUAUAAAGUUUAAAUACAUUUUAUUUAUUUUAGGUUUUUAAAUAAACAUAAAUGAAAAUAAAAAGGUAUAUGACCAUUGAUAUAGACUCUUCUCUUUCCGCACAGACUCUAUAAAUAUAUAUGAACUAUGUAAAAAUAAUUCCAACUUUUUAAGUGUUUUUGAGUUGAAUCGAAUUGGUCACAUUAGAAUCUUAAUAAAAUAAUUUGGUGUUAAUAUAUAUAUAAAUAGUCACGGUAAAAUAAUAAUUAUUCCUUGUUUUGUUUGUUUACGAAAAUAAUUCUCCUGUUUUUUCACCCACGCUUUCUAGUGCGCCACAGUGUAGAAAGAUUUAUGUAAAUUCAAAUAUACGGCGCAGUGCACACUGUAUCCUAAAGUUUCUCUGCCGCUCAUGAACAGGACGUUUUACUAAUUCUACUUUGUCUAUUGACUGCCAUUGUCUACCAUAGACAUUGUAAACUUUGAGGCAUCGCGGUGUUGUGCGUGUACCAUCUCAAGUGAACUCAAAAUUUGUUUUGAAAUCCAUUAUUCUUUCAAAAUGUGUUAGAUUUCUAAGUGAAUGCCUCAUUAGCAACGAUGGACGGUAACGGUUGCCCGGACGGGCAGGACGAUAUAGAUGGUGGGAUUUUCAAUGACAAAUUUCAACUUCGUCCGAGUGCUGAUGAUGAAGAAAAGAAGCUGUUUUGGCUGGAAGGAGUGAUGGGCUGCUUCUCAUCAGUUAUCUCCGUAUUUCGCCCACCGGCAGAGAAGCCAGCAUUGGAAGAAAAAUGGGAGAUACCUGCGGAGGCAAUCACGAAUCUCGUGUACCUCGGCUCCGGCGCCCAGGGCGUCGUAUACGGCGGGCAAAUCAACAACGAAAUGGUGGCCGUUAAAAAACUGCGAGACCCGGCCGAGACUGACAUUAAACAUCUCAGGAAACUCAAUCAUGACAACAUAGUCCGUUUCCGCGGGGUAGUGACCAAGCCCCCCACUUACUGCGUGGUAAUGGAAUACUGCCAGUACGGGCCGCUGUUCGAGUUCCUGCACAGUGGCUCCCUCUUCGCGCCCAAACAAAUUCUCAAGUGGGCGAAAGAGAUAGCAAACGGCAUGGCUUAUUUGCACAGUCACAAGAUUAUACACAGGGAUCUUAAGAGUCCAAACAUCCUCAUAGCGGACAACCUGGUUGUCAAAGUGUCCGACUUCGGGACGUCGCGGGAGUGGAACGACGUGAGCGCCAUCAUGUCGUUCACGGGCACCGUGGCGUGGAUGGCGCCCGAGGUGAUCCGUCACGAGCCGUGCUCGGAGCGGGUCGAUGUCUGGUCGUUCGGCGUGGUCUUAUGGGAACUUCUCACUCAGGAGAUACCUUAUAAGAACAUGGAGACGCACGCGAUCAUGUGGGGCGUCGGCACCGACACUAUCUCCUUGCCCGUUCCGGCCUCAGUGCCCGACAGCAUGCAGCUCUUGCUCACUCAAUGUUGGAACAGGACGCCUAAAAACAGGCCACCCUUCAAAAUAAUAGCCGCGCACCUAGAGAUAGCCGGCGACGAGUUCGCAGAGAUCCACCAGGAGACCUUCAGCGUGACCCAGCAGACCUGGAAGAAAGAAGUGCAGGAGGGCAUGUCGCACCUCUACACCAAGAGCGGUAAGCCAGCCGACGUGCAGGAGACAGCUACUAGGAAAGAGGAGUUGAAACACGCACGUGAUAUCAGACAGGUUUACGAGAAGCAACUAGCGCGAGCCAACGAGUUGUACAUGGAGGCGUGCGCCGUCAAACUGCAGCUGGAGCAGCGGGAGGCCGCUCUCAGAGAGCGCGAAAAGGCCCUAAAAUCCUGCCGCUGUGGCUUCCGAAAACAAACGCUCCACCGCCAGAGCUCAACCUCUUCAGAUGGCAAGUGCCGCGCGGAGCCAGUGCAUAGGCGGCAGCGGAAGCGGGACACCGUCAUCACACAAGAACAACAGAAGACCAGCACCGUGCUACUGAGCGACGGGAACAAGGUAUGUAAACAACGUGUGGGGCCAGUGCACAGGCGGCAGCGGAAGCGGGACACCGUCAUCACACAAGAACAACAGAAGACCAGCACCGUGCUACUGAGCGACGGGAACAAGGUAUGUAAACAACGUGUGGGGCCAGUGCACAGGCGGCAGCGGAAGCGGGACACCGUCAUCACACAAGAACAACAGAAGACCAGCACCGUGCUACUGAGCGACGGGAACAAGGUAUGUAAACAACGUGUGGGGCCAGUGCACAGGCGGCAGCGGAAGCGGGACACCGUCAUCACACAAGAACAACAGAAGACCAGCACCGUGCUACUGAGCGACGGGAACAAGGUAUGUAAACAACGUGUGGGGCCAGUGCACAGGCGGCAGCGGAAGCGGGACACCGUCAUCACACAAGAACAACAGAAGACCAGCACCGUGCUACUGAGCGACGGGAACAAGGUAUGUAAACAACGUGUGGCGCCAGUGCACAGGCGGCAGCGGAAGCGGGACACCGUCAUCACACAAGAACAACAGAAGACCAGCACCGUGCUACUGAGCGACGGGAACAAGGUAUGUAAACAACGUGUGGGGCCAGUGCACAGGCGGCAGCGGAAGCGGGACACCGUCAUCACACAAGAACAACAGAAGACCAGCACCGUGCUACUGAGCGACGGGAACAAGGUAUGUAAACAACGUGUGGGGCCAGUGCACAGGCGGCAGCGGAAGCGGGACACCGUCAUCACACAAGAACAACAGAAGACCAGCACCGUGCUACUGAGCGACGGGAACAAGGUAUGUAAACAACGUGUGGGGCCAGUGCACAGGCGGCAGCGGAAGCGGGACACCGUCAUCACACAAGAACAACAGAAGACCAGCACCGUGCUACUGAGCGACGGGAACAAGGUAUGUAAACAACGUGUGGGGCCAGUGCACAGGCGGCAGCGGAAGCGGGACACCGUCAUCACACAAGAACAACAGAAGACCAGCACCGUGCUACUGAGCGACGGGAACAAGGUAUGUAAACAACGUGUGGGGCCAGUGCACAGGCGGCAGCGGAAGCGGGACACCGUCAUCACACAAGAACAACAGAAGACCAGCACCGUGCUACUGAGCGACGGGAACAAGGUAUGUAAACAACGUGUGGGGCCAGUGCACAGGCGGCAGCGGAAGCGGGACACCGUCAUCACACAAGAACAACAGAAGACCAGCACCGUGCUACUGAGCGACGGGAACAAGGUAUGUAAACAACGUGUGGCGCCAGUGCACAGGCGGCAGCGGAAGCGGGACACCGUCAUCACACAAGAACAACAGAAGACCAGCACCGUGCUACUGAGCGACGGGAACAAGGUAUGUAAACAACGUGUGGGGCCAGUGCACAGGCGGCAGCGGAAGCGGGACACCGUCAUCACACAAGAACAACAGAAGACCAGCACCGUGCUACUGAGCGACGGGAACAAGGUAUGUAAACAACGUGUGGGGCCAGUGCACAGGCGGCAGCGGAAGCGGGACACCGUCAUCACACAAGAACAACAGAAGACCAGCACCGUGCUACUGAGCGACGGGAACAAGGUAUGUAAACAACGUGUGGGGCCAGUGCACAGGCGGCAGCGGAAGCGGGACACCGUCAUCACACAAGAACAACAGAAGACCAGCACCGUGCUACUGAGCGACGGGAACAAGGUAUGUAAACAACGUGUGGGACCAGUGCACAGGCGGCAGCGGAAGCGGGACACCGUCAUCUCACAAGAACAACAGAAGACCAGCACCGUGCUACUGAGCGACGGGAACAAGGUAUGUAAACAACGUGUGGGGCCAGUGCACAGGCGGCAGCGGAAGCGGGACACCGUCAUCACACAAGAUCAACAGAAGACCAGCACCUGCACAGGCGGCAGCGGAAGCGGGACACCGUCAUCACACAAGAUCAACAGAAGACCAGCACCGUACUACUGA